UUUCAUGCAAAAAUUCCAACAAGAAAAAAUUAAUUCAAACACAACUCAAUUCAAAUUAAUAAUAUGUGCUUGAACACAUCAUCGCUAAAAUUGUUCAACAUUGAUUUUCAGGGAGGGAAUACGUUUACUCCAGUGGUUCGCGUUUUCGAAGAUAAGCCGAAUAAGCUGAUAAUGUGUCACGAGCUUCUUGAAGUAAUGAAACAAGAAGACAUGGAUGUUUCUUCGCUUGAAAAAGAAGUUCUUGCAAUGCCAAAGCUAGCGACAUUUACUUAUCAAGAAGUUGAAGCUAGAGUUUCUAAGAAAGAUUUCCGAAAGAUUGAAUUUGUGAUUAUUGAAGUCACUUCUGCGAAGUUUUCAGCAACUCCUAUUCCAACCAUCACUCCUGGCGGUGGUUAUUGCGUUCUUGCAUAUGAUUUCUACUACAACCUUGCGACAAACAUGAUAACCGCCAAGAAAAUGUUUCGAAGGAUGGACCCUUCACAGUUCUACUUAAUUGAAGAGUUUUUCAACUUUUUUGACGACUAUUUCGACUUAACCAGAGGCGUCACUUUUAUUGAUUUGAAGGAUGUGGAUGAGAUCAACGAAAAAAUGGAAACCUUAUACAAGAGUCUCACGAUCCUAUGCGAGGAACCUACGGAAAUUCGUGAUAUGGGGAAAAAAGGAUUCACAAGUGAAAAUUUCGCAAAUGAGUUAGUACGCUUGAAACUAGACAGAAUUUUCCCAGAUAUUUGUGAGCAAUCUGGAAUUUACUUCGAAAAAAUAAAAGCUAAACGAUCUAAAACGUUGUCCACACUGGGAGCCUGCGGACUUAUUCAUCAACUUCAAAUUAACUGUCUCGCUAGAAAAAUUCCUAAAAUUUCUGAAUUCAUUCAUAGCCAACUUGCGUGUUCUCGAGAUACAAUUGGAUACUGUUGUAAAAUAUGCUCGGACGCUCAGAAUCCACGAAGAAGCAACGCUGAGCCAGUUGAGGUUAAAAUUUCAAGUAAGGAUGUUUCGCAUGCAGAACUAGAGGAGUCAAUGGAAACCAAACUUGAAUUAGAAUCACGAUCCAAUGAAAAAGAAACUCAAGAACCAUUUAAUGAUCCCAAACUUUCAAAACCCAAAAAAUCGAAAAAGAACAGAAAAUCCGAACAAACAACUGCGAAACCUGAAGAAAAGGAAUCAAAUGCGUGUCCAAAAUGCUUUAGAGCCAGUGAAUACAACAUUAAACUGAAAGAAGAUCUGAGAUUAGAAAAAAUUGAGACAAAACAUCUCAGAAAAUCAUUGAAGCACGCUCAACAAGAAUCCGAAGAGAAAUCUCAAAAAAUUGCCGAAAAAAAUGAGGAAAUUGAACAAAUCAAAGCUCAACUUCAAGCCCAACAAAUUGUAAUGGCGAAGAAUCAUGGAGAAAAUUCACGAAUUCCAGGGGAAGAAAAGAUUCCUAGAAGAUCUGCAGAAGAAACGGAAAAUGUUCAGAUAAUCUUACAUGAAAUGCUCGAAACCCAAAAAAUUUUGGAGACUAAAAAUCCAAUGAGCAAAAUCACCACAAUGACCUCGAAACUUAUUGAAGUUUCACAGAACCGGGAAAACAAAUUAAUUGCGAAACGUGAAUUAAUAUAUUUUGAACGGCAAAUCAGAGGAUAUACAAAGGAAGUGGAAAACCGGAUCAAGAUAAUUAGAUCAAAUAAGGAAAUCCGAAGCGAUCAACUUCCGGAGCUCAGAUUUUCCAAAAUUUUGUGAUGAAUUUUUGAAGGCGUAUGAGGAAACAUUCAAAGAGAAAGCUCCACUAAUCUGUGCUCAACUCCUGAAAACUCCAGAACCACCAAACGAACUUGAUGAUAAUGAAUGCCUGGUAUGCCUCGAAGAUAUGAAGGAAGAACAUGAAACUUUGAAAUGUUUGGAUUGCAAGAGAAAGUACCAUACUGGAUGUGCUCAAAAAUGGUUUAAAGUGAAAAGAAUAUGUCCAACUUGUGAUGCGGGCCUUCUCGAUGACAACGAGUUUCCAGCGCUUUCGUGA